UUUUUUUUUUUUAAAAAAAAAAAAAAAAAAGAAGACGAACGAUCAUCCAUGUCAAACAAAGUGAACUACGAAGGCAAUUCUUAUUCAAAAUUUCGACCUACGUAUUCUGAUCGUUUGUAUUCGCUUAUCUAUGAUUUUCAUCAGGGUAAGUAUGAUAAGGCACUUGAUGUAGGAACAGGUACUGGACAAGGAGCGAUCGCAUUAUCCAAUCGAUUUAAACAAGUAUAUGGUGUUGAUCGUUUACAGGAGAUGAUUAAUAAUGCUACGCCCAAGGACAAUGUGACAUACAGUGUAGGCAGUGCUGAGUGGUUAGACUUUGAUGAUCAUAGUUUGGACAUGAUCACUGUGGCCACCGCCUUCCAUUGGUUUGAUCAUCCCAGUUUUUUCCAGCAAGUCAAGCGAGUAUUGAAGCCAGGGGGCACGUUGGCAGUGUGGGGUUAUUAUUUACCAAUCAUCAAGAACCAUGAAGCAGCGACACAGAUCAUCAAACGCAUCUUCGCAAUGGAUGGCCCUAUCCAAACAUACAGUGAUCCAAACAUCAAAUACAUCAUCAACAUGUAUCGAGAUAUUCCUUUCCCUUUUAGCACUGUUGAUUAUUAUAUUUCACCUUCUUCAGAAGAUAUCACCGGCAUCAGCAAACCAUGUGGCAGUCUGAUGGAAAAGACAAUGUCGCUGGCUGAUUUUGGAAACUUUCUCAAGACGGCUUCUAGUUAUGUCAAUUACAAGAAGGAUCAUCAUGGUAACAUUGGGCCUGAUCCUGUGGAUGAUGCCAUUGAGAACAUUGCCGAUUUAUUGCAAACAACUGAUAAGGAAAACACAUUGAUUGAUCUUGAAUGGGCUUGUGUAUUAGUGUUGGCUCGUGAUGAUGCAUGAACAAAAAAAAAUAAAAAAUAAAAAAUAAAAAAGAAACGAACAAGUUGCAC